AUGCCAUUCCAGGAAUGCCGCGAGCCCUUCCACGGCGGCUCGUUCUUCGAGCACGAAGGCCAGCCCUACUGCGAGACGCACUACCACGGCAAGCGCGGCUCCCUCUGCGCCGGCUGCCACAAGCCCAUCGCCGGCCGCUGCAUCACCGCCAUGUUCCGCAAGUUCCACCCUGAACACUUCGUCUGCGCCUUCUGUCUGAGGCAACUUAAUAAGGGGACCUUUAAAGAACAGAAUGAUAAGCCGUACUGUCAUACGUGCUUUGAAAAGCUGUUUGGGUAGACGAGAGAUGGCGCUGGUCAAAUAUGAGUUAAGAGCUUUCGGUAAAUACAAUAAACUGUCAUAAUGCGGUACGACGUCGCUGCUAAUGCUUUCUUUUUGAAUUGAUAAUUCAUAAUAUCGCAAUUAUAAGGAGCAGAACGAUAAUCCAUACUGUCAACUUGCUUUGAAAACUCUUCGGUUAUACAGAUGGCGCUGUUGGCCAAGUUUAAACGCGCUUUCGAUAAAGUACAGAAAUAAAUGCUGAUUUUAAGAAAACAUCUGGACGUCACAAUUACAACUAAAAUCACAAUAAACUACUUGUGAUGUGAUGCAAUUAUCGCUUUGUUAAAUUGCAUAUUUCACGCAAGUACAGUACAAUUUGGUACUUGUUACCAGAUCUACACAAUAUUUAAACAUUUGCCGUAAGGCGACACGACUGCGAUAGAUAAGAUAAAUUCGACCGAUAUAUCAACAAAUAAUGAGAAGAAUACAUAUGUAUCUUUGACUAUUUUACGAAUUGCCAUUUAAAAUAAUUAAGUACAAAGUUCAUUAUUAUACGAAAUGCGUUACCCAUUGAAAUCAGGAAGUAAUUUUGACGGAUUUAAUAUCGAAUGAUAACAGGAAUCGAUUAUAAUGUAACUUUAGAGGACAUCACACUGAUUACAUAUACUACUUACGUUAUGCCUAAAGAUGUUCGUUGUGACCGUAGUGACCGUAUCCUCCUAAGGCCCAAUGUCCUACCUAUAGUACUUAUUCAGUUCGAUGAAAUUUAAAUCAUAUUCAAUUGGAAUAGAGUCGCAUUUGUUUUGUUUCGUUCAUUUUUCAAACUAAACUAAAAUCAACUCUUUUCCCUGCACUAUAGGUUCAAAUUUCAGUGACAAAUUAUGGAUUUUUCAUUUGUAUGGCUGGGCCUUAGGGGGGUAUUACGAUAAGUACAAAAAGUUAGUAUCGGUAUAAUGCCGAAAAGUAGACGUUCAAAAUCUCUUAUUGAAAUUUGUGAUUGUGUAAAUUUUUUAUCAUAAGAGUAGAUGAUGAAAAUGUUCAAAAAGUAGAAAUCGAGUAGUUAUGGUGCAUCAAAAUAAAUACAAUUAACAGACAUCGUAAAUUUUAUAGCACUUUUGGUGCAGCGGAGUGGUGUUAACGGAAUUGGUAUAGAUAAUUCCAACCGAAAUGGUAAAUUAAGGUUAAUAUUAACGCUAAUUAAUCAUUAGAGUUGAAAUUGUUUAUACCAAUUCCGUUAACACCGCUCCGCUGCACCGAAAAUGCUAUAAAUUUACGAUGUCAUUAAUGUCAAUAUUUCAUUAAUUAAUGAUAAAUGUUACAAUACCAUUAAUUAAAUAAGGAAUAACAAUGUAAUUGUAAUUCGUUUGUCACUUACAUAAAUGCAGGCACGCUGUUGUUUAUUUACUUUAUUAAUUAUUAUAAACUCAUUUGUGUGAGUGAUAAAUAAAAUACAACUGAUUUACGUAAGAAUAUGUAUGUUUGUGUUGUAGAACUUUGUCUUUAUAACUGUAUAACAUCAACUAUAAGAACCCCAAAGUGUCAAACAACUUAGGUAAAUACAUAAUUACAUUUAAUUUUAUUAAAUAAAUGUGUUUGCUAAUAGAAAUAAAAUGCCAUAGUUCUAAAACGCAUACAUACCUAUAUAUGUAUUAUAAUGCCCUGUAGACGGCCUACUAAGAAAUGUUUGGUCUAACACUCAAUACAAAAAUGACAACCGAAACUUAAUUUACUGCCAACUCUGUGUUAGUAAACUCCUGACUAAAUAACACCUAACUAGUGUAGUGUGAUAAAACUAAGUACUAAAUGAUCGACGAAUUAGAUGUUUUAAACCGGGUUAAGGUACCUGUCCAAAAAUAUUAAGUAAGCAAUGUAGCGGCCAGUACAACCUUUAUUUUAUUUUGACGCAGAAUUAUUACAUUCAUUGAAAAAAACUUACUGUGUAUAGUGUGUAUACAUAUUACAUACUGACCAUUUGUAUACCACCAGUCGAGAUGACGAUCUUUUAUUGACAAACUCCAAUCGAAGAGUAAAACUGUAACGGGAUGACAGACGCGAACGAAAAGUUCCGUGAUCAUUUGCCCAUACAUUACAAGUUUCGAUUGGCCUUUCGGCCCCCUGAGGGUCUACCGCGAAACAAGUUCGACGUGUUGCCUCUCUGUCGCACUUGUAGAUUCGUACGUAAAUGUGACAGGGAGGCAACACGUCGAACGUGGAUCGCGGUAGGCCUUCUGAUUGCGAUCGAUGAGAUGUUUACUUACGACCCACUACAAAUGGCCAAUUAAAAUAUUGAAACAUGAGUCAUACUUGCCUACUAUGAUACAUGUAGAAAGUUCCCUUACUAAAUGUGACUCCAAGUCAUUUGGUUAAAAAACAUAUGACUCAUCACUGUCUCUUGUUAUGAACUAGGUUUCCACGCGUGGUAUGUAGAACUAUCUGUUGUUAAAAAGGAAUUUAUUGUGUAAGGAUGCUACUGAUGAAAUCUUCUGAAAUUAUGUCGGCUUUUAGUUUGGCUUAAUUGCUUCACUGACAGCCUUGCAUUUCGUACGCGAAAGUGCAAUUAGGUAUAUAACAAAUUAUUUUAAGUACGCAUGUUAACUUAACCAGUGGUAGGUACAGUAUACCUUGAGCACCUGAGCAUACCAUUUCAACAGUUCUAUUGUAAUAAGUCUUGGCAAGUUUCAAGUUGUUUACCUGUAUCGUAAGGAAUUUUAUCGCACGUGUAACAAGUCAACGUAGCUAAACGAUUUGUUCCAAUUUUAAUGAAUAAUUGCGGAACAAAUUCAGGUAAUUGGGUGACUAACUUAAAUUGGGCCCUAUGUCAUUAAUAUAUAUCGGGACAACCUUAACCAUUGGGCAAAUACAAAUACUGGUAAUUCAAGUGGCACAUUGCCCCAGUAGGAGGAAUUUCCCCAUAUUUAAUACUUGAUAUGUUAAUGUAUUACCUAAAUAUAGAAAUAGUGGCUGCAUUGUCCCAUGGUUGCUAUUGACACGACUGAUCUUAUUCUUUAUGUGGUAUGAUAUACGAAACGUAGGUAACUACUUAGUACGAAAGUAGUUACCUGUUUUACUUUUUUACAAGCUUUUAUUAAGUUUCACCUGUCCCGUUGUCUGUAAUCAAAUCUUGCAAGUGAAAUUUGAUCCACUUCCCGGUUUCUGAUUGAGCUGAAAUUUUGCAUGCAUGUAUAAAUCGGAUGACAAUGCAAUAUUAUGGUACCAUCGAGCUGAUCUGAUGAUGGAGACAGGAGGUAUAGGAACUCUGUGAUGAAACAACGCAACCUAAUUGUGUUAGGGGUUUUUAGAAUUGUCUCGAUGAGUAUUAGUUGUCGUAAGAAAAGUACAGUCAGCGAUAAAAGCUUGUAUCAAAAAUGAAUUUUUUGCCUAAAACUUAUUACAUAAUUUGUAUUGUUGAUGUGACACGUGCCUACGAGCUAUAAGCCGAUAUAUUUUCUAGAAGCAUUGUUCGAAAAGUGUAAAAUAUCGAUUCCUACCAACCUUGGUACAACCUUUCAAUAAUGCAAUAUGACACUUAUUUUCACCGUGUCAAGGUGUAUUUUAAACGGCGCGUCGUAUUUUAUGUUACGCUUUGUUAAUCGAUAACGCGUUGUUAAGUUCUAAUUCUUCCAUUAGUGUUAAACGCUGUACAGUUAUCGCUUUUGUUAUGUUCAUAUAUUUUUAUUGCUGUGCGUUAUCGCAGGAAUAAUUAACAAUAUUGGUGUAUGGGAGUAACAUUCGUUUUUUUCUAAAUUUCACAUUCGUGUAUUCGUUACGCCGGUUUAACACUUGUAUGGCGCCAUACGCCAUUCAAAUUAUAUUUUGUCAAAUAUAGGUAACUAGUGGGAAACAGGGCAGGGGGUAGUACAGUACUGUGAUAAUUUUGGCCUAAUACUUUUUUGUGGAUGAAACAAUCCAUUUUAUACCAUGAAGGUACAAACUUAAAGUAAACUACACAGUACAAAUCUUAUCAGACCUAACUUUACACAACUUCAUGUAAAGUAACGAAAUACCUUGUUUUUACCGUAGUGUUACUUCCAUCGCCAGUUUGUUUUGUCAGUUAUCUAGGAGUAGUGAGCAAGUGCCAAACGCCGGCAGUUGUUGCGCCGCCCGCCUAGCUGAGUUAACAGCUCAACGAAAACUGUGCCUUACGCCAACGCGUUUAAAAAGUUUUCACUUUAACAUAGUUGGUAGAACGUAAACGCCUGUUGUAAGGCACUUCGUUGAAUUGUUAACGUUCAUAUUAGUUCAGUUUAAGGUUGAAAUUGGAUUGGACUAUUUUUUGUUAAUUUAACUGAUUAAAAAGAUUAGGAAAUAAGAUAAUUCCUUUUGUUUUUGCUAGCGAUCCCUAUACACUCUUAUCAGUAUUAAAAAUCAUGUGCCUAAUGAUAUAAUACUACUUAUCAUAUUUGUAACUAAAAGCCAAUGCCAUCAGACAUCACUAACUUUCAAUGUUAAUUACCAGAAAAAACAAAUAUGUAGUAGCAAGGUCAUUGCUGUAAUGAUGUAAAUACGUAUUGUUGUAACAGCUGGGCGGGCCCUAUGUUAUGUUAAUCGCUUCGCUUGCGGUGGACGGGCCGCGUAACUUAGGUAGACGUAAUGGAUGUAAAACGUAGAGUAAGGAACGAUUUUAUUGAAUCUGUAAUAUUUUAACAAAAUAUAUUUAAUGUUUUUUUA